CUCCCUGGAUCCCAGAGCACAGCAUAGAGUCCCAGAGCAACCAUCCCCUCAGCCCCAGACAGAGCCUGUCCAGUGUGCUGCACUAGUCCUGAGACCCACCAGCUCAGAGAAGUAGUCCAGCCACCAGAGACAGUUCUCAGAAUCACACAGACCUAGGAGAAUGACUUUACUGUUCUAGUUCUACUGUUCUAGUCGUAUACCAGGCUCAGUCUGUGAGCUAGUCCGGAGCUGCUUGAUAUUUACACUGAAAUUCUCCAGUACUUUAGUCCAGUGGUUCACCUUAGUCCUCCUCUUAGUCCUGAACUGAGAUCCUUUAGUGGAGCACCUGAGCAGAUCUACACAAGUCACGUGUAUCUAGUGAGACCCACCAGCCAGUCCUUUUUACCUGAGACCUCUGCAGAUCAGCUACAACCAUGCAGCGUUCACACACCUUCCUCCUCUUCCUCCUCUUCAUCGUUGGGAUGGUGCUAGCCAGCUCGUCCACGGCUCGGAGAAGCAGAGUGAGACGUCAGAACAUGAAGGUGAGGAUCAACGCUACAGGCGACACCAUCGUGAUGAAGUUUGUACGUCCCAACGCUGACACCAAGCUGGAGGGCUACAUCCUGGGCUACGGAAGCAGCAUGUUCUCUAAACAGUUCAUCCAACUCCCAGAGAACGGACUGCCCUACGAGACCGAGAUCGAUGCCGAGCCCAAGUACCUGAUUGCUGUCCAGCCCGUCCCAAUUAACAAUGUGAAGAAACAGUGCACAGGCAAGGUGAACCUGGAGAAGCCACUGCACCUGGUGAUUGGGUCCGUGACCCCCACCUCGGUGCUGCUGUCCUGGGGGACCUUCCUCAAGACGCCCUACGAGGUGGACAUCAUGAACGACUGCCUGGAGGACGGGCACUACACAGUGCGUUACCGUGAGAGGAACAGGAAGUGGACUCAACAGACCUGCCCCUCCAGCGACAUGGUCAUCGAUAACCUGAAGCCCAACACGGCCUACGAGUUUGGUGUCCGACCCAACAACGAGGAACGCAGCGGAGUGUGGAGCAAGCCAGUUAUCCACAACACCAACAUGGAGAAGGCCAUCCAGAAACCUUUCAGACCAAGGACCCCUCUGACGCCUGUGAAAACGGACAACGUGCCACUGUCCUUCUUCCCUCCUCGUCACGCUGUCCAUAACAGGAGCCAGGGCAGAACCCUCUUCAAGACCCCUAUGGCUCCAAGGACCACCUUCGCCCCAACCUCGACCAAUAGACAGCGCUUCCUGUCCACUCCAAGACCCACAAUGCCUCUGGUGCAGAACGAGCCAACCGGACGAGCAGACCAGAUCAGAUCUGCCUCCUCUCCCUCCGUGGACAUCACCCAUUCCGCCCCCACCCUCCCCCGUGCCUCUCCCACCGUCCCCCGUGCCUCCCUAACCGUCCCCCGUGCUUCCCCCACCGUUCCCCUUGCCUCCCCCACCCUCCCUUUAUCCUCCCCCACCCUCCCUCAUGCCUCCCCCCAGCUCCUGCCCUCCCCCACCCUUCCCCUGGCCUCUCCCACGGCCCCUGCGCCUAACCCCCAUCGUAACGAAGAGAGACACAGGGGACCGGCCCAGGGCAGGCUCCAACAGGCCAGACCCCAACAAGCCAGACCCCAACAAGCCAGACCCCAGCCUGAGCCUCAGGCCCAGCCCCAACAGGCCAGACCCCAACAGGCCAGACCCCAACAAGCCAGACCCCAGCCUGAGCCUCAGGCCCAGCCCCAACAGGCCAGACCCCAACAGGCCAGACCCCAACAAGCCAGACCCCAGCCUGAGCCUCAGGCCCAGCCCCAACAGGCCAGACCCCAACAGGCCAGACCCCAACAGGCCAGACCCCAGCCCGAGACUCAGUCCCAGCCCCAACAGGCCAGACCCCAACAGGCCAGACCCCAACAGACCAGACCCCAACAGGCCAGACCCCAACAGGUCCAGCCUCAGGCCCAGCCUCAGGCCCAACCUCAGGCCCAACCUCAGGCCCAACCUCAGGCCCAACCUCAGGCCCAACCUCAGGCCCAGCCCCAACAGGCCCAGCCCCAACAGGCCCAGCCCCAACAGGCCAGACCCCAACAGGCCAGACCCCAGCCAGAGCCUCAGGCCCAGCCCCAACAGCCUGCUAAGGUCACCCAGAACCUUCAGACCCCCACUGUUCUCUCUCACACAGCUCCCAGCCAAUAUCAGGUGGGACAACCUCUGCCAAGACCCGCCCUCGCCACUGAGAGGGCCAAUAGUAAUACUCAGGGUACCGGCUUCCUGAGACCUUUGACCCCCACCAAGCCUCGCUCUCCUAUAGGCUCUGCCAUUGCCACGGCAGCCAGGAACACGACGUUGCCUCAUGAUCGCGUAUCUCUCUACACCACCCCUAACGGCAUCAGACCUCUCUCUCUACCCAGGAACAAAAACACCACCUCCCCCCUCACCUCCGUCACGCGUGAGGCUGACGGGGAGCACCACAAGGGUCUUGCUAUUCCCAAACCUGCAGUCUGGUCCGGAAACCGACUGGGCUCCCCUGCAGUCCUGCGUCCCUCUCUUCCUGUCAACAAGAGGCCCAACCUGGUGGGGAAAACAGGGGACAAGGAUAAGCCCAGAGACCUGAAGCAGGGAGACAAGGCAUCCAUCUUGAAGUCCUUCCCUCUGGUUACGACUAAGCCCUCCAAACAAAAGACCACAACCAUCGUCCCGGCCUUGAACAUCACGCGUAAUGGGACAGGUGACAACUCCUCUGUGUUCAGCUCUCUGCCUGCUUCGGAAGUGGACGCCUUGGGCAAGAAGCGCUUCGUAGCCCCUCAUGUGCUCUAUAAGACGGACAAGAAGCCAGACGAGCCAUGUUCCAUAACACACUCCCUCAGCUUCUUCCCUGAGGAGGAGGGGGUGGAGCAGAAUGUCACCGCACCCCCCCGCUUGUCCCCCUCCAACGUCACCGUGGUGACCGUGGAGGGAUGCCCCUCCUUCAUCAUCCUGGAUUGGGAGAAGACUGACAACGACACCACAGAGUAUGAGGUCAUUUCAAGGACCCAAGGACCAAAUGGAGAAGAGGUGUCCAUCCUGACUACCAACCAGACUCACACUGCUGUGGAGAAUUUAAAACCAGAGAGCAGUUACGAGUUCAAAGUGAAACCCAAGAAUGAGCUUGGGGAAGGGCCUGCCAGUGAGGCGGUGUCGUUCAACACAGAGUCAGCGGACCCUCGGGUGAGUGAGAAUGUCUCAGGAAAAGAUGCUAUCUGGACACAGUUCCCCUUCAAAGCAGAUUCCUACUCGGAGUGUAACGGGAAGCAGUACGUGAAGAGGACCUGGUACCGCAAAUUUGUGGGCAUCCAGCUAUGCAACUCCCUUAGAUAUAAAAUCUACAUGAGCGACUCGCUCAACGGCAAUUUCUACAACAUCGGGGACCAGACUGGUCAUGGGGAGGACCAUUGCCAGUUUGUAGAUUCUUUCCUGGACGGACGAACAGGCACCCAGCUACUGGCCGACCAGCUACCCAGCCGAUCAGGUUUCUACCGGGCUAUGCGUCAGGAACCGGUCAACUUCGGCCAGAUCGGAAGGAACUCGCAUGCCACCUAUGUUGGCUGGUACGAGUGCGGAACACCCAUACCUGGGAAAUGGUAAGACCCCUCCACCAAGGAGGUGGCCAGGAAGAUGCCUGACUGAAAGAGGGAUUAUUUUACCAGGCUGAAAGGAGGACUGAGGAGGCCUGAGGGGAGGUGGGCUUCUCUGUUACCAUGGAGACGCACCUUUCUGACUGUCUAUUUGUCAGAUGGCAACAGCCCACAUUCCAUUGUAUAAAAGUGUACAGGACCAUACUUUGUCACCAACUCUGUUAGGCACAUUUGUCAUAUCUCACUAUUUAUCAAACACGACAACAUGAGAAAAUACUCAAAACCUGGAAACAUGGAAGAGAAGUUGGUAAAGGUUUUUCAGAGUGCUUCAUUAAAUAUGAACACCGGAAACUGUUGGGAAGCGGGCUCCCUAAAAAUGUAAUAAUGUGUAUGGUUUUAUUUAUCAAGCAGUUGUUAUUCAUGUACCUUGUGGUUUCUAUUGGCCAGUCUGUUAAAAGGGUUGCUACAAAAGCAUUAGUUUUCACUCAUACAGAUACUGUCUAUACUCAAUACCCUUUCUUGAUUGGUCCUGUGGGAUUAACAGUUGCGGUUUGCACAAUAUGAAAGUAUUAAAUAUGUGUAUAUGUGAAAGAACAAUAUUUCUGAACUACUAGCAAGUCUCAACAUUAAGUUUACAAAGUAAGGCGGUUCCACGGACUACAAGUGUGUGUUCAUCACUUGGAAAAACACCUGAAUGGGUUCUUCAGCCAAUGAAUGUCCAAAUAUUAAGUAGAGAGAAAAUCAUCAGGUACUGAGAUUCACUCAGUUGGAAUGAACAGCAUAAGGAUAUGCUUUGUUGUGCUUUCAUCUUCAACAAUUUAACUUCAACUCAUCUCAAUUUAGAGAAUGAUUGUCAGGAAUCUGUUAUGUGGAUGUGGUCCUAAGCUCAUUGCAAGUGACCACAAUUGUCCACCUCCGGGGCGUGUUCAGUGGGGUGCAACAAUGCAGAAUGUUCAGAUGUAAUGUAUUGGGUUUGUAGGAUAAGGAAUUGUGUCAGUUCUAUACGUUACAUUUCUACCUACAACAUUCAGAACAUUUCCCCUCACUGACGAAACCCUUUGUUUUUAGCCUUGGAAUGUUUCGCCACAGUUUUGUUAGCACAACCUGUUCGUCUGAGUUUAAAUAUUAUAUGUACAUAAAGGCUUCUUUUAGUGUGGAAACCACAAAAGAAAAAUUACAUUUAACAUUUUGUACAGUUGCUCACAAAUAGCUGCAGUUGUAUUUUCAACCCAAAUUUUUGGGGAAAAGUGUUUAUAGAUUGUUUCAGAUAUGUACAACCAUUUGUAUCCAUUUUCACCAAUAAAUCCUUAAGUAUGGUUCUUUUUUUAGGACUCAAAUUGGUUGUAAAUGCAUUGUACACAUCAAAGUGUGUGUUCAUAUGUCACACACACACUCAACACAUGCCCCGUUUCACUCGUUUGGCCAUUAGUUCUGACUGCAGACAGGCAGAGCUGAGGGACCUACCACACGUCCCAGCCAACCACAACGCCCGAUUAGGAAAACAAACAGCAACAGCAGCAUUACCACACUUUUCCAAAUCCACUCUGUUGGGAUACGAAAGGCUCUCGGAAGCCAAGCUCAACACGGAGCCGUGAACUCACAAACCACAGUGUGAGGGAAGGAGGGAGAGAAAGAAUCAAAACAAUGACAGACCUCAAGGUUUCAAAGCCUUUAUUAGGUUUUAAAGAAAAUGUUAGUUUGUUUUAAACUAAAUGACACUUCAAGGUGGAAAAUCUGACUGACAUUAAUACAAACCAGUGAGGGGAAAAAAUUUUGAGAAAGAGAGAGCGAUGAACCAUAAGGAGGUGAUCUAAACAUGGUAGGACCCUUCUGGAAGGUCAAAACUACACCUCCCAUAUUGUACUCAACCAAGGGGCAGAUUCCAUGACACGUCAUAAUACCAACAUGGCGGUGAUGAAAACGAGUUGUAAAAAAAAUAAUAAAGGGGAUGAACACCAUUUUCAGACGCAUCUGUUAACACUCAAACUAUAUCCUCAAAAGAUAGCCUUCCCUGUGGCUCAGUUGGUAGAGCAUGGUGUGUGCAACGCCAGGGGCCAGUACAAAAACA